AUGCAGGAGCCAGAGGAAAAGAAAAUCGCUCUGGAGCUGCUGGAGACAGAGCAGGCUUACGUCAACCGCCUCCACCUUCUUGACCAGGUAUUCUAUACAGAGCUGAUGAAAGAAGCCAAAAAUGGGAAGACAGUCCCAGAGGAGGUGGUAAAAAUGAUCUUCUCCAACAUUUCCUCCAUCUACCAGUUCCAUGCCAAGUUCUUCCUGCCAGAGCUGCAGAAGCGCAUGGAGGAUUGGAACUCCCACCCGAGGAUCGGGGAUGUGAUCCAGAAGCUUGCACCAUUCCUGAAAAUGUACGGUGAAUAUGUGAAGAACUUCAACAAGGCUAUGGAGCUCAUAACUGUCUGGACAGAGAAGUCACUGCCCUUUCAGGAGCUCAUUGCUGACAUCCAGAAGAGGAAGGUCUGUGCUAACCUAACACUGCAGCACCAUAUGCUGGAACCAGUGCAGAGGAUCCCACGCUAUGAACUCCUCCUGAAAGACUAUGUCCAAAAACUGCCGCCUGAGUCCCCAGAUCGGCAUGAUGCAGAGAAGGCCCUGGAGAUGAUUUUCAUGGUGGCCAAGCAUUCAAAUUCAGCUAUUGCCGAGAUGGAGCGGCUGCAGAACCUCUGGGAGGUCUACCAGAGACUGGGCCUUGAAGAUGACAUUGUGGAUCCCUCCAACGAGCUGAUCAAGGAGGGGCCAGUCCAAAAAAUCUCAACCCGCAACAACAGCACAUCGGAGAAGUACCUGUUCCUGUUCAACAACAUGCUGCUGUACUGCGUGCCUAAGGUCAUUCAGGUGGGCGCUGAGUUCCAGGUCCGCCUCCGCAUUGACAUGGAUGGCAUGAAGGUGCGGGAGCUGAAUGACAUGCAAUUCCCUCACACCUUCCUGGUCUCGGGAAAGCAGCGGACGCUGGAGCUGCAGGCCAGGUCUGGGGAGGAAAUGAAUGCCUGGAUCAAGGCUUUCCAGGAUGCCAUUGACAGGAAGGAGAAGAGGAGUGAGAGCUUUAAGAUGGUUGUGCGUGGGCUGGAGACAGGAAACGCCACACUCAGGACAGAAGAGCUGGGCCGCCGAGCCCCACAGUGGGUGCGGGACAACUUGGUGACCAUGUGCAUGCGCUGCAAGGAGCCCUUCAAUGCCAUCAUGCGCCGCAGACACCACUGUAGAGCUUGUGGAUACGUGGUGUGCGCUCGCUGCUCAGAACACAAGGUGAAGCUGCAGUAUGAUGGGAACCGCCUAAACCGUGUAUGUCAGGAAUGCUAUGUCUUCCUGAUGGGCCAUGUAGUGCUGGAGGACCAGGAGUGGAAGCACAAAGGCAUCCUGGAGAAAGGAGCCGCAGAGAUAUCAGGCAGGAGUCUUCUGUGCAGUUCCCUGCAGCUGCUGGACAGGAAUGGCAAGGGAGGCAUGAGGGGCUGGUUUGUUAUCCCAUGGGAUGAUCCCCUUGUGCUGUACAUUUAUGCAGCCCCCCAGGAUGUCCGAGCCCACACCUCCAUUCCGCUGCUGGGCUACCAGGUGAGGGACCUGCCACAGGGCAACGCCCGACACCUCUUCCAGCUGGAACAGUCCCAGCAGGUCUACACCUUCCUGGCCGACACAGAGGAGCUGAAACAGCGCUGGAUGAGGACCAUGGCACGCUGUGCUGCAGGGAUCAUACACCCAGGGGGGG